AUGCGACGCUCUUUGGUUCGACUGGCAGCAGCGGUAUCCCUUGGAACUAGAAUAAAGAAAAAAGGGUCUAGUGCAGAAAUGAGCAAAAUUCAGCUCGAUACAAGUAAGGCAGGACUUUCUGGUGUAAAUAAAAAACAUGUAAAUGCGAUUAUUGAAGAGUGUUCCAAAAAUUCUGCUUUUUAUAAAAAUGAGAAAAGAAUGGAAGCUGAACGGAAACGACGUAAUACAGAACUUUUGGAAAAAGCCAAACAAUACCGACUUCUCCCAUUGGCUGAAAAGAAAACUAUCAUUGAAGAAGUGGAUCAGGUGGAAGAGGAGCUAGAAGCUGGUCGUCACUUUGGAAAUUAUGUGCAUGUGGACAUGGACAUGUUCUACGCUGCUGUGGAGAUGAAGAAGAACCCGUCGCUGGCGUCUGUGCCGCUCGGCGUUGGCAGCGCGGCGAUGUUGUCGACGACGAACUACGCGGCGCGGCGCCACGGUGUGCGCUCCGGCAUGCCGGGCUUCGUUGGCCGGCGGCUCUGCCCGGCGCUCGUCGUUGUGCCGCCCGACUUCCCCGCCUACCGCGCGGAGGCCGCCGCCGUCCGCCGCCUCGCCGCCGCCUACGACCCGCACUUCACGAGCGUCGGCCUCGACGAGCUCACGAUGGAGGUCAGCGCACACCUGCAGGGGGCGGGCAGCCGCAGUCCACUCACAGCCGCAGACAUCGCAGCAGAGUUCCGCGCCCGCGUGUUUGCAGAGACACAGCUGACGGCAAGCGCAGGCAUCGCCCCCACUGCAACCCUCGCAAAGAUCGCAAGUAACUAUAAUAAACCUAAUGGACAACAUGACCUCCAACUACAUACACGUGAGGAGGUAAUUGCUUUUAUGAAAGAUUUGCCAGUACGAAAGGUGCCUGGUAUUGGUCCAGUUCAAGAACGUGUUCUGGCUUCUUUGGGUAUUCGCACUUGUGGUGCUAUUUUACGUCAAAAAUAUAAGUUGCGAUUUCUCUUUCCGUAUAAGACCUUUAGGUUUUAUCUUUCAGCUGGUCUUGGUCUAGCGACUAGCAGUGCAGAUCGUUUACGAAUGGAUCGGUCGCAAAAAACGAUUGGGCAUGAAGUUACUUUUAGGCGUAAGUUAAAGAGUGAAAAAGAACUACAGCAGAUUGUUAUUAAUUGUCUUGCGCAGACGCAUGAUAAACUUUUAAAACGACGUGAGUCUGCUCAACUUAUUUCACUGCAUAUGAAGCGACGUUCAUUUGAAAAUCACCAAUAUAAUGUUACUUUAGAAGCUCCUACUAAUGAUUUUUCAUUACUUUGGCAAGGAACGCUGAAACUACUUCAACCACAUUUAGAAAAGUUUGAUGACUUUCGUCUUGCUGGAGUCCGAUUAGGAAAAUUGAAGACUCUCCCUCGGCGGCAACGGUUGUCUAAAAAUGGAAGUCUGGCAUCUGAGUUUGAUAUUCAGAUUGAACUUCCUUCCUUUGGAAAAGACAAAAAGAAAAUAAAACGUGAGGAUGCUUCAUUGUUGUUUUUGGAAAAGAAACGGAUUUGUUUUUCUGUAUAA